AUGAUCAAGGAACCCCUAGAAGAAGAUUAUAUUAUCUAUACCACUCUUAUCGAAACCUACUCAGGUCCAAUAACUAGGUCCCAAACGGAUAAGAAGGGCAAGGAGAAGAUCGAGACGGAAUCGGCAGGAGAAGGAUCUUCACAAUCACGCGUCGAGACCAUUGACCCUGCUAGGACUCUUAUCAAAUGGCAGUCACAAUACAGAAACAACAACGGCAACGAUAGCCACAACAAUCAAAACAGCGGAAACGGCAACAGGCAGCGAAAACACUCCAUCGACAAGGGCAAGCUGCAGUAUGCCGGCUGCGAGAAGGCACCCAAGGCGUUGCGAGAAAAGCUUCUCAAGACCAAGGAGGAAAAAUCCAAAUCCUCCCCUUUCUCAAAUAACAACAGUCAAUCAAGCACUGGCAGUAAACCAAAGGAACUCAUUGCAAUGGCCGACGGAACUGCAUUCCGCACUGCUAUAGCACAGCCUAACUACGACGACAGAAUCGCCAUUAUCGACACGGCUCGUAUAGACGUCGGACACUACUUUCCCUUUGCGUCUACUAAGGAGAGGGAAUAUACCGCUCUCUUCCGCUGUCUUACCGACCAUAUAGCUAGAGGAGAUGGUAUAUCUCGCACCUAUAUUCUCACUACGCGCCCUGAUCCCUCUACUUGGGAGCAGUCAAACAACCGCGAAAUCCGAAUUGCCCAAGAGAUGGUUAGAGAGGCUGUCAACCGAGGCAGCAUCAUCCUCAAGGACCGAGAAGGUCAUACUCUCCGCGAUGAUCCCGAGCCCUGGGGAGAGAAGCCAGAGAACCACAUAGAACUCUAUCAUCUAGUCAAGGACAUGUACGGAGUCCACAAUGCCCCUACGGCGUUCCUUCGACGUGUCAUCGAGAUCGGCCAGGCUCUCGACAACGAAACCCAAGCCGCUACCGAUACCAACAACCAGUCGGCCAACACCAACAACGAUCAAGGACACAUCGAGAAGGGACCGACUAACGACGACUCCGCCAACAACUACUCCACUGGUGAGAAUCCUAUCUCCAACCUCUCUAAUCGAAACUCCAUUACUAAUGCCCCGCCACAAAUUAACUCUAAAGGUGGACAGGCACGCUAUAGAGGACUAGGUCAGAGGGUAUGUGAAGGAGAGGAUCACUAUGGACAGGAAGCAGUAUUGUUAGACCAAAAAAUGAUGACUUGUUACAUCGGCUCUACGAAAGAAAUCACUGGUAAAGACACUGUACUCCUUGAUUCCGGAGCAGACAUCUGUCUCUUCAAAGACAAGAAGUGGUUUAAUACCCUUCGCCCUCUCGACGUCAACAUCGGCUCCAUCAAUAGAUCAGCCUCGCUCAAAAUCAAGGGGGGAGGAAACGUGCGAUUGAUUUUGCUCGCAGCAGAUGGAACCGAGACCCCGAUUACCCUUACAGAUGUAGCAUAUUCACCAGGCGCACGUUCUAACAUUGUCUCCCUCUCCCAACUUGCUACGAAGGGCAACUUACAAGGGUCAUGGGACAAGAACCAGAUCACAAUCCUGGCAGAAGGUCGCAACGUGGGACAGGCUAUACGGGUAAACGGGCUCUACCUUCUUCAACUCCAAAAGAAGACGAACAUCGUAGCAAUGGCCGACGCCUUUGCUAGUCUUGUUACUAUCACUGUGACGAAAGCCGCUAUAUUAAAGAAGAUCAAAAGCGGGGAAGUCUGUCCCGUUUGCGCAGUCACAAGAGCUACCGUCAAGAUUCCUAGAGACCCAGCAACUCGAAGAGAAGAGGAAUUUGGAUUCCUCUUCCACGCCGACACAUGGGGACCAUACCCUAUUGAGGGUUUCGAUAGUACAAGAUACUUCCUAUUCGUUACAGACGACGCGAAAAGGUUCACCUUUGCAGCCCCAAUCUCCGUUAAGGCCAACCUUCCCAAGAUCUUCAAGAGACUUCAUAAGACUAUCGAGAAGACAUACAACAUCAAGAUUCGGGGCUACCGCUUCGAUAAUGAAUUCUGGAAGGGCCCUAUUAGAAGAUGGCUAGCGGCACCCACGAACGCACAGCUCUCAAGGAUUAUCACUAAGAAGGCACUCGAAUACAUUAGACAAUCAUCACUCCCGGCUAACCUAUGGCCAGAAGCUAUCAAGUAUGCCAUCUGGCACAAGAACAGAGCCCCCUCACGAGCGCUCCGGCGCAGCUACCAGAACCGAACCGGGGGAGUAGAUAACUCUAGCAGCGACGAUCAGGCACCCAAGACCAAGAAGGGACCAAUUACACCAUGGGAGGCCCUUAAUCGACACAAGCCCGACCUCUCAAAGGACUCUAUCUGGGGGAGCCGCGUCUACGUUACUAUUCCACCCGAGACUCGCGACCGUAGAAAACUACACCAGCCCCGUGGCUGGGUUAGAUACUUUCAAGAAGAUGUAUCAGAAGAGGGGGAGCAACCUCAAGAAGAAGACAAUCUUGAGCUAUAUCAGCAGGAUGAUGUUAAACUAUACGACGACUUUCCCGACGACUCUCCUUUUAUCGAACCAGAGAAUCCCUUUCCGAACCCUCUUCCCUCGAAUUCUCCAACCUCGAGCGAUCCUAUGAACAACGAAAACGACGAAAACACACCGCCACAGAGAGUUACAUCGAGAUUCUUUGGCAGCACCGUGAUACUAGCCAAGAGGCAACGGACACCAAGCGAAAGCGAGGCAAGUUCAGAGAUAAGCAAGACAUCAUCCACCGACGAGGACGAACCGAAUAAGAAAAGGAAGAAAAAGAAGAGGUCCGACCACGACAACAGAACAAAGUGGAAGAAGCGAAUGAGAUUCUCUAAGGACAAGGUCUGUGGGAAAUGCUUAGAAGAUGGAGGACACUACUUCUUCGACGAAGAUACCGACCCAGAAUGGCCGGAGGUUCGACCAGCCUGCGUCCGAUGCAAGAAAUUGCCGGGAGCCCCAGGUAAUAAAUGCCGAGUUAUCACGGAUCCGGAGGAAAUCAAGGCCUGCAAGGCCAUCAACGCACAACGCAAUAAGAGGGGUAUUUCCCUUAGAAGCGCCGGAAAAAGACCAAAGCGUAUAGGCGUCAAGAAGGAAUUCAAGUGCUCCCGCUGUGCCAAGAGACGACUGGCGUGUGAUGGGAAAAUCCCCUGCGAAACCUGCACAACGAAGGGCAUCCCAUGCCGCAAACAAGAUACUGAGAAGGACGAGAAGUCGACUGCGUCAAAGAGGGAACAGACUGCAUACGGCAUGCUCAACAAGGAUUACUUACCAGAGUCUGGCCCAUUGGGAAAAGCAUAUGCGACGGACUUCAACCCUGCGAAGAAGGGGAAGAAGUUGAAUAACCUUAGACUCUGUAUCUAUAAGAACGAGGAGGACGGCUGCUUUGAGAAAUGGAACGUCUCGGCAUUUACCCUUGAUGAAAACGAUCGCCCUCAACUGAAAGACGAUUGGGAAGAACACAGCAACCGAGAAGCACGAAAGAGGGUACUUAAGGCGAAUGAGACCUCCUUUAGAAGCAAGACCUUGUCGAUGUCGAAAGAAGUAAACGAAGAGUCAAGCCAAUUACACGAGACCACCCCAAUCACCGAAGCAAGACGUCAGCUGGCUACGACAUUCCCAGACGGAUGGGUAACUAUCCCGACGGAAGCAAACGAACUUAUGUGUGGCCUAUACGCGAUCCGGCAUAGCCUUCAACACCAACUUCCGCAUCUUGACGUACCGACUAUUCAGGAUCUCCUAGAUAUCUACAGAGAACUAGCAACACAAAACCUUGCUUUCGAAAUGGACAACGAGAACAUGUUCCGAGCAGACCAGCUUGCUGCUAUUCUUCGAGAGUUCGGAAGAAGACAACAACAAUCGAUUGACCUUCAACUAGGAUAUGUCCUAGCAAAUGGACUAGUAGCGCUUGUCUUUCCAGAGGAAACCGAUAGUACGACCUUAUGGAUCCAUAACACUAAUGACCAGGCCGACUCCUGGCGGAACGCACACUGGGAAGGUAUGGCUACUAAGAACCAUCAACAUAACUCGAACGAACAAAGUGAGGAGGAUAAUAGAGACGACAAAGACGCGGACGAUUCCAUUUCCUCAAUGUCAGAAGAAGAAAAGAAGGAAAAUGAUAACAUUGCCGCUUUCAGUAAUCCGACAGUUAUGUCAGCAAAUCUCGAAUCGAUGUUCCUUGAGAUGGGAUUAAGCGAUUGUGACGACGACGAUAACUCUACGGAUUACUCAGAAGGGAUAGCCACUGAGAAGCCAAUAGAUGCUAACAUCGAAACCUACGCCCCACAACACCAGAUAUCUACCGCCAGAAGAGAUACUAGGAAGAUGCCGGACCCCGAGUCAUAUGCCGAAGCAAUAAGAGCACCGGAUGCUGCGAACUCUGAGCAACUGCAACUGGUGAAGGACAAGCUCAAUAGUGCCUUUAAGAUGAAGGACGAAGGACCCGUAACGUACUACCUUGGUCUAAACGUUAAACAGUCAGACGAAGGUAUCCGCAUCCACCAGAAGGCAUACACUAAACAAAUUCUACGUCGCUUCGAACUCCAGCACUACCACAACAAGAAAGUUCCUAUCCAGGAUGGCACGACCCUUUCGAAGAAUCAGGAAAACCCAGACGAAAGAUUACGAACCGAGUACCAGAGAAAAGCAGGAUCGAUUAGCUUCCUUGCGGGACAAACCCGACCCGAUAUCGGCUUUGCGACUAAUCUCCUAGCCCGAUACAACUCAAAUCCAAGCAAAGAACAUAUGGCAGCUAUGAACAACCUAUUCGCGUACGUCAAGGGUACUAUUAGCCGAGGAAUCAUGUACAGGAAGGGCAAAACCGAACUAGCAGGAUUCUCAGAUAGCGACCACGCUGGCUAUCAAGAUACUGCGCGAUCAACGACUAGCUGGAUAUUUAUUCUCGCUAGCGCUCCCAUAUCCUGGUCCUCACAGCGACAAAAAGCAGUAUCUAUCUCCACGACGGAAGCAGAAUAUAUCGCUGCAGCCGAGGCCGCGAAGGAAGCUAUCUAG